GGAAGGUAGUGUGAGGGCAGGUUCGGGAGUGAGUGUAUCCAUCUCUCACUCUCAGUAGCGUGUGGUAAACCACAGUGAAAACAUUCGGGCAGUGCCGCUGUCCGCCUCAUUGUUGAAAGGAUUUUGAAGUUGACAUCUUUUCACAAGUUUAAACUAGCGAGCAUUAUUUCUACGGCUUUCCAGCAAUUUUGUUGAAAAUGUAUAAUACGUUCGAGUGAAAUAUGGUGACUAAUAGUGGAAUGUGUAUAGUGAUUUUCGUUAAAGGAACUUCGUUGUGUGAUUAUUGCUGUACAUCUGUAAUUGCAAUCGUCGAAAAUAGAAUAAUGGGUGUUGUGUUCUGGCGAUGAUCAAAGUGAUAAUGGUGGUAGUAAUGAAUUAUACCAUAGUGAAGUGAUGUGGGUUUGAGAUCUCUCUGAUAUUAUCAUAAUUACCGCCAUGCUAUGGUAAUCGAGCCACCAUGCAGAAGUGGUUUAAACCUCGUAGUGGUAGUGGCGAUGGAGGGUCUAGUGGCAGGAGCUCUCCGGUGUCCUUCACCUCGUCCUCGGGAGGGAGUAGUAAAGGACGAGCAUCCCUAAAGGAAACCCAGGCAGCUCUGACAGCCGCCCUCGAGGAGCUCAGUCUCAAGGACAGUGUCAUCGAGCGCUUGCAGGUGGAGCUGGAAGAGAAGGACACCACCAUCGCCACCCUCAACACGCAGUUGGAUAAGCUGCGGUCGGUGCUGCCGCCGCCCACGGGACAGAGAUCGCACGUCGUCAACGGCAAGCGGCUGUCUUUGCGGUCAGUCACUUUGCGCAACAACAACAACGAGCACCAUAACCGCGCCAGCUUGCAGAACGAGCAGUGCUUCAACACCCCCGUCCUUCGGCACAACAGGAUCGAGGGUGUCAGCGAAGGCGCUGAAGCCAGACCUAAAAGGACUGCCAUUUCGGCCGAGCCCACAGACAACGACUACGACGAAUACUAUGAUCCAGACUAUAACCCUGUCGUCGUUCCGAAGUCUGAGGAGUCGAAAGAACUCCUACGACAAGCCAUCUUAGAAAAUGACUUCCUCAAGAACCUGGAGAUGGGCCAGGUUAAAGAAAUCGUCGAAUGCAUGUACAGCGUCGAGUAUGCUGCGGGCGCCCUCAUCAUCAAGGAGGGUGACAUUGGCUCCAUACUCUAUAUUAUGGAAGAGGGUCGCGUGGAAGUUAGCAAAGAAGGAAAGCUGCUAUGUUACAUGUCGCCAGGAAAAGUGUUUGGCGAACUUGCCAUCCUCUACAACUGCAAGCGCACAGCCACCAUAAAAGCCGCCACCGGUUGCAAACUCUUCGCAAUCGACCGCAAAUGUUUCCAGACCAUCAUGAUGAGGACGGGACUCAUCAGGCAGGCGGAGUACACCAACUUCCUCAAGAGCGUACCCACGUUCCAGGCGUUACAAGAAGAGACACUUAUCAAAAUUGCCGAUGUCCUGGAAGAGACCUACUACAGCCAGGGUGAUUACAUCAUCAGACAGGGAGCCAGGGGAGACACGUUCUUCAUCAUCAGUAAAGGCAGAGUUCGGGUGACUAUGAAGAACCCAGGAACUCUGGAUGAGAAGCACAUUCGGUAUCUAGAGAAAGGGGAAUUCUUCGGAGAAAAAGCACUUCAGGGAGAGGACAUCCGUACAGCCAACAUAAUUGCAGAUGAUCCAGAUGGUGUUACUUGCUUAGUUAUCGAUCGUGAGUCCUUCAAACAGCUUAUUGGCAAUCUGGACGAAAUUCAACAACGUCAUGGAACAGUCGACAAAACGAGAAGGAAAUUGAAUGAAGAGUUCACAAACAUAAAACUGACAGACCUACGUAAAAUUGCUACUCUUGGUGUUGGUGGUUUUGGCCGUGUCGAGUUAGUGCAAAUUGCUGGGGACUCCAGUCGGUCCUUCGCUCUUAAGCAGAUGAAGAAGAGCCAAAUUGUUGAAACAAGACAGCAGCAACACAUAAUGUCAGAGAAAGAGAUCAUGAUGGCAGCAAAUUGCGACUUCAUUGUUAAGUUGUACAAGACAUUCAAGGAUCGCAAGUAUUUGUACAUGCUUAUGGAGUCUUGUCUUGGAGGAGAAUUGUGGACAAUCUUGCGGGACAGAGGAAAUUUUGAUGACCAAACAACACGGUUCUAUACAGCUUGCGUGGUUGAAGCUUUUGAUUAUCUGCACUCCCAAGGUAUCAUCUACCGUGACCUUAAGCCAGAAAACCUGCUUCUCGAUCUAAAGGGAUAUGUCAAACUUGUAGAUUUUGGCUUUGCAAAGAAACUACAGGUUGGAAGAAAGACAUGGACAUUCUGUGGAACUCCUGAAUAUGUAGCACCAGAAGUAAUUUUGAAUAAGGGUCAUGACAUUUCUGCAGAUUACUGGUCUCUUGGAGUCCUUAUGUUUGAACUCCUCACAGGAACCCCUCCAUUCACUGGUCCAGAUCCAAUGAAAACCUAUAAUUCUAUCUUGAAAGGCAUUGAUGCUGUUGAGUUUCCCAGAAACAUCACAAAGACUGCAAAUGGACUUAUCAAGCGGCUUUGCAGAGAUAAUCCUGCAGAACGUUUAGGUUACCAGAGAGGAGGAAUUAAGGAUAUUCAGAAACACAAGUGGUUUGAAGGUUUUUAUUGGGAGGGACUGAAGAAUCGCAGUUUAACUCCACCUAUUGUCCCAAAUGUUCGUUCUGUGAUUGACUGCAGCAAUUUCGACGAGUAUCCCCCGGAUACUGAAGGACCUCCUCCAGAUGAUAACUCGGGUUGGGAUAUAGAUUUUUAAGCAAGGACUUGUUUGCGGUUAGUAAGUUAAUCUCGUUAAAACCUUACAGAAUCUAUUUCCUGAAAGCUAAAGUAAACUUACUGGGUCAGUUGCAGUUUGUGUCCAUGUGUUGUGACAUAAGUGCCACAAUAAUGAUGCCGUAUGGAUAUGCAUCAGUUGCCUGCUUGACAACUCUCAGCAAGUUGAGAGAACACAGUCACAUAGAUUCUGUAUUUUCUAACGGCUGCAUAUUGUGCGGACUGAAUAUCCCGAGAUCAAUAUCAAGUUGUAAAUGUUUGGUGCUGCAAGCAUCCUUUUCAGGGGUCCACAACUGAGUGUAAACAAGUUGCACAAAUAAAUAUUUAUUUACUUAUUGGUUGGUGCUUUACUCCAUUGCAUUGGGGGAGGAUUGUUCUUUUAAAUUGUGUACAGUAGAUUAGUAGUUUUCACUCAUUUUGGUGUCUCAGAAUAUUAACAUUGAGGCAUACUUGCAAUUUGUGGUAAAUUAGCUGAAGUUAAAGAUGUUAACAUUAUUUCACACAUUAACUCAGGAAACAUUAAAAAUACGGUGCCUUAAUGCAGUGAGUAAUAAAAAAUAUCGAUCACCUACUGCCUGUUUACGUACAAUUAGCUACAGAGAUUUUAUUAUUCAGUACCUUCCAAAUACAGUAGGUUUUCCACCAAUGUGAUAAUGCAUUUUUGUAUUUUGUUGACCUUUUAACAUGGGUUGUAGGUUUUUUGUUCCUGAUGUGAAGUACCAGGACCAUAACUGAUGAUGUAGUUAACUGUAUAUCUUGUUUAUAACUUAGAUGCAUACAUUUCAGUCUGCCUUUCUUGGUGCUUCAUUGGAAAUUCAAUCAUGAAAUUGUUUAAAUUGAACUUAUGGUGCUUGGAGACAUCUGAAGUAUGUAAAUUAGGUAUACUUCACUUAGGUUGUUUUGUGGUCCUCGGGCUAUGUAUAUUCUUGUCUUAGCUUAAUUUAUGAUCUAUGUCAUUGCUUUUCUGUUUCUUCCAUGUCUCACUAGUUCACCUCAAAAUGUUUCAUGUGAAUAGAUUUAGACUAUAAAUUAUUAGAUUUGUUAUUGCUUAAUUAAAAGCUGGCUUUCAUCCUGUUUGUUUUUAUAAGUUUCCAUAACAGAUGUAGAAGCAUUUCAAGAUUUAACCAUACCCCAAACAUUCUUUGUAAUUAUGAACUUUAAAUACGUAAUGUAAAAAUGACUCUCGUCACUAUGGAAAUAUGGGAGGUGUGAUUUAUCUUACAUAAUAAUAGCAGUAUGUAUUAUGCCUAAAAACAUUAUUCUGUAACAUUUGAGCACCUGUGAACAGGAUACAAUAUUUUGUGCAUAAUUCUUAAUUGAGAGGAAACUAUAUGCCAAAUAACUUUUUUAAUAUUCUUAAGUGGGAGAAUAAUGUGUAAGAGAAUAAGCAGAUGAAUAAAUGUUUCUAUAUUGUGAAUGUACAUAUUUUAUAUUCAUAAGAUUUUCUAAUUUGAAAUACAAACAUACAAUGUUACCUUAGGCUAUCUUAUAUCUGAAUACUGUAAAUUGCUGUAACUUUCUUAAUCUGCACUCAAGACAAACUGCAUUAGUUGCAACAUUCUUAUAGCAACUUUAUUUAUUUUCAAGUUACUUUUUCAGUAAACAACGAGGAAAGUGAUACAAUAUAUAGUAUAUAUAAAAGAAAAUAAUAAUUAUAUGCUGUACCAAUCAGAUGCUUAAAGUACAGCAGUGUCUAGGUGGACUAUUUUGCUGUUCAGUGGUCUAGCGUUUUAAUGGUACUAAAAUAAAAUCUACAAGGAUAUUUUUAUAAUAAUAGGCAGUUAAUUUUUAUUAUGCAAAUCAUCUGAGAGGACUGUGAUCAAAAUUUUUUUUUUUUUUUUUUUUUUUUUUUUUUACAUUUGGUUAGAUCAUCAAGUAGCAAUAAAUAAACUUCAUAUUAUAUUAUUUGGCAGUUAGUUUUGAUAAGCCUUUUUGUUUAUUAAUAGUUUUAUUUGCAUUUACCUAUGUAAUGAACUGUAGUUACAUCAAAAGAGAUUAAGGCAAUAGAAUGUGAUUCUUUGGAAUUAUAUCAUGUUGAGAUUCUCACACUUCUCCUCAGAAAUCAUUUUAUACCAUUGCAGUACUAGUAAAUAUCUAUCUUGUGUUUGAAUAAGGAACCUUAAGGCUCAAUGCACUUGAUCUCAAGACCCUGUAGAAAAAAUGUAAAAGUCACAAAUAUGCACCUGGAGGUACUUUUUAUUCUGCACAAAACUUAAGAUAUUGUAUGUUAACAAAAGCCUCAUGGACAAGGGUUAAAAGUCUUCAAAAGUGAUUACAGUUUAUGAAAUGACAAGCAUCAUCAUAUGAUUUACUUCAUUUGAAAAUAUCCCAGUACUUACUAUGUAUUUCAUUCACUAUUGAAGAAUUUUGAUCUACCUCCUCGAGCAGAUUAUCCGCAGUGCCUCAUGACAUUCUCGUGAUCAUGAACUAAAAAUGUUUAAACAAAGUAUUUGUUUGAAAUUAAAUGGAGGCUAAAAAGCUUGAAUAAAUUGUGGAAUGGA